UCCAUCAUCUUCUUCUUCUCUGCCUCACCAUGGCUCACACCAGAAAGCUUCCAUCUCUGAUAAUUCCGUUCCUUGUGUUCAUCCUCCGUCUCAGAUUCUCUUCUUCCCAAUCUGUCAUCAAAGGAGGGUACUGGAAUUCAGAAAGUGGCCUCGCUGCUUCAGACAUUGAAGCCUCCUAUUUCACUCAUCUCUUCUGUGCAUUUGCAGAUCUUGAUCCCAACACCAACACAGUCACCAUUGCUUCUUCCAAAGCAUCUCAAUUCUCAUCCUUCACCCAAACAGUUCAACAGAAGAAUCCUUCUGUUAAAACCCUCUUGUCCAUUGGUGGCGGUGGUGGACCUGAUUUGAGUUCAACAUUUUCUCAAAUGGCAAGCAGUGCCAGUACCCGCAAAUCAUUCAUUGAUUCUUCCAUCAAACUUGCCAGAAAUAACAACUUCCAUGGCCUCGAUCUUGAUUGGGAAUACCCAUCUUCAGACACAGACAGAACCAAUUAUGGUUCUCUCAUCAACGAGUGGCGAUCUGCUGUGGCAGCAGAAUCAAGAUCUUCUGGAAAACCAGCGUUGCUUUUAUCAGCUGCCGUGGCUGGAUCAGACCAGAUUUCGCCGUUGAAUUUUUACCCAUUUCAGGAGAUCGCCAAAAGCUUGGAUUGGAUCAACGUGAUGGUUUAUGACCUGUUCAUUCCAGAUGGGUACCCAGAUGCGACCCAGCCACCUGCUCCAUUGUAUAACCCGGGCGGGCUGUUCAGCGGAGACGAAGGGGUUUCGAAAUGGAUCCGAUCGGGCGUUCCGGCGAAGAAAGUGGCUAUGGGCUUGCCGUUUUAUGGGUAUAAAUGGAGGUUGAGGUACCCUAACAAUGGCGGAUUGUUCGCGCCAGCGACGAAUCCGGAAGCUGGAGGUGUUAGCUACGAGGAUAUCGUAGCAGUGAGGCCAAAAGUGAGCUAUAAUUCAACGUAUGUGACGAAUUAUGCGCAGAAAGGAUCAGAUUGGUAUGGUUAUGAUGAUACUCAGAGCAUUUCUGCGAAAGUUGCUUAUGCGAAACGAAGAGGACUGCUUGGAUAUUUUUCUUGGAGCGUUGACCAGGAUUCUAAUUGGAUUCUCUCCAGAACUGCUUCUCAGACAUGGGGAUGAUGGUUCAGUACCCGCAGCAUAACAGAGCAGAAGGAAUAUUGUAACGAAUAAAAAUAAAAAUAAAAUAAAAUAAAAAGGCAAAUUUUAAAUUCC